AUGCACAAGCCUACUGGUAUGGGUACCUACACGGCUGGCCGAUAUCACGCAGUGGCUGCUCAAAUGCAUGAUUUUGUAAGGCAAAAUAAUCCACAAAGUCUUCAUCCUGCUCAGGGUGGAAUGCAUCAAUUUCAUGCGCCGUCUGGUAUGGCCAACGGAACUCGGCCAAGCUAUGGUCAUCAAGCAGCACCAAAUCCACGUGUAUUCGGAGGUCAUCCUCCUGGCUUUGGACACGCAUUCAUACGACACUUUAUUUUUGAUUGA